AGUGCCCCGCACGUGGAGCUGGGGAAGGCGGGCCGGCGGCGCGGGGCAGCCCCUGCAGCUGGGCGUGGCUGUCCCUUAGGCCGGCGGCGGGAGGGGGGGAUUGUUCUGCCUGCCUCGAUCAGCUCUGCGGGGGUGGCCGGCGGACGGGCGGGGCUCCAGCCUCCGCUGCCCCGGGAGCUCUAACUAGCGGGAGCCGGGGAGGCUACGCGAGGCUGGGAAGUUUCCGCUGGGACCUGAGCUCCGGCAGGCGGAGAGCCCAUGAGCUCCGGGAGGCGCGCAGCUCGGCUUGCGGUUGCUGUCUCAAAGGAAAGGAUGCUAAAGAAGAUACAGCUAAAUUAAGAACCUAUUAGAAAGUGAAUCAUGCAGCUUUCUGAAAGGAGCUGAAAUGCAGCCCUCUGACAGGGUCAUGAACCUGAGACAAGUCUUUGUGACUGUAUUGAUGUUUGGAGUAGCAGGUCUACUCCUCUUCAUGUACCUGCAGGCCUGGAUUGAAGAACAUCCUACAGUGUCUGGAGAAAAAUUACAACAGAUAAUUAAUCAGGAUUCCAAGCUCCCGCACCCAGAGGAGCUUGCCACAGCACCAAAAAAUCAGAGUGCUGCUGCUAACCUCAACAAGCGACAGACAACUGUAAUCAUGGGGAGACAUUCACAGGAGAAAGCCAGUCCUCUUGGUGAGAUAGCCAGUUCCUUGGUGAACCAAUUAUCUGAACAGCAGCAGAUGACUAAAGCCUUUCUAAAACAGCUUAAACAAGUGAAUUUACCGCCAGUGAUGCGCCCUUUAAAUAAAAGUUUAAUCAAAGGUGACAGAUGGAAAAACAUAGAUGAAGCUCAAGAGAAACGCAGAUAUUUUCUUUAUGACUUCUGUAAAAAAUACAGCAGUGAGAACCAGCUCAGAACCCAUCUAGUGCGUAUGGUAUCCAGAAUAUACGUAGAGGAUAGACACAAAAUCUUAUACUGUGAAGUGCCUAAAGCAGGCUGUUCCAACUGGAAAAGGAUUCUAAUGGUGCUCAAUGGACUUGCCUCUUCGGCAUACAGUAUUAGCCAUGAUGCCGUGCACUACGGAAAGCAUCUAAAGAAAUUGGACAGUUAUGACUUAAAAGGGAUACAGACACGUUUAAAUACCUACACCAAGACCAUAUUUGUACGUGACCCCAUGGAAAGAUUGGUGUCUGCCUUCAGGGAUAAAUUUGAACAUCCAAACAGCUACUACCACCCAGUGUUUGGAAAGGCAAUUAUUAAGAAAUACAGACUUAAUGCACGUGAAGAGGCACUGAAAACUGGAUCAGGUGUGAAGUUCAAAGAAUUUGUCCAGUAUUUGUUAGAUUCCCAGCGCCCAGUAGGAAUGGACAUACACUGGGAGCAGAUUAGUAAACUCUGCUAUCCCUGCCUCAUCAACUAUGAUUUCAUAGGAAAAUUCGAAACUCUAGAGGAAGAUGCCAAUUACUUUUUGCAAUUGAUAGGUGCUCCAGCAGGGCUGAAGUUUCCUAAUUUCAAAGACAGACAUUCCUCCGAUGAAAGAACAAAUAUGGAAGUAGUGAGACAAUACUUAAAGUUGCUGUCAGAUACAGAGAGACAGUUGACCUAUGAUUUUUAUUACUUGGAUUAUUUAAUGUUUAAUUAUACAAUGCCAAUUGUAUAGCUCUGAAUGAUUUUAAAAUUCUAUCAGACAUUUAACAAUUUUGGCCUCAAACCAGCAACUGUAAUAUUACCAUACAGCUCUGAGUGGAAGAAAUGUAACUGCUAAGUGUAAUUGUCUUGACUUAGUUGAGAUUUUAUAAAUGAAAGUGAUACCCAUUGACACAAAAUUAUAGGAGCAACGCACAAAAGAGACCUAUAAACUAUCUAAUUUGCACUAAAAGGUCUGAAAAAAGCUGCUUUUGAGUACGGAUUAUAUUGUGGAAGCAGUAAUUCAGCCAGCUGUUUCAUUAGCUCAGUUAAUGUUCUUGUAAUGGUUGAAAAACAUUUAAAAUAGCAUGGAUUUGUGUGUGUGUGUCUCUGUCUGUCUGUCUAAGUAGGAAUAAUGUGUUGAGUGUUUUGAAUGUAUAUUUUUUGCUGUGUGUGGCAUAUUAAUAAAAAUCAUUGGCUAAUUCUGUAAGACAUAUGUAGUGUUAUCAGUUGCAGUGAUGUACCCAUUUGUCACCUACCCACUCUCUUGGCAUUUUAAUUAUUAAAUAGAAAUCCAUCAUGUGAUGUACACAAUGAUCCCAAUCCUGAACUUAGUGGCCAUCCUCAGUGUCUGGGCAGAAUCAUAGGGUGGAGGCUGUGGAACAUCUGCAGAGAUUUUCUGUGGAGGUAAAAUCAGUGCAAUGGCUAUUAUCCACCUCCACAGACAGUGGUAAAUCCUCCAGCCAUGCCUCCUGCUAACUGUUGCACGUGAGGUAUGCACCCAUUAUUUCAGGACCAUUGGUAACCAUGAUCACAGUUCAGUAGGAAUUGCUCUAUUGCAACAGACGCUUCCAGCAGAUUGCCACUGGUUGUGCUCUGUGUUCUGUUACCUUUUCUCUCCUUUGCGGAGUUUGGGCCAUCAAGCAGCAAACCUCAGAAAGAUGGAGGAUGCAGCAUUCUGAAGUGACGGGAAGGGAAAUGGCCACUGUAAUCCCCGAGGCAGAUUUAUGGAAUUUGAGUACAAAAUCCCAUCAUCCUGGUUAUAAAGGAGUGGAACCUGUGGGCAAGAGGGCAGAAUAUCCUGUCUGUGACAGAUAGAAUGAAGCCAGGUAUAUCUUGAGACUAUUGUAUUUAACUUUAUAACUAUUAUCUAUAUCUCUCUGAGCCAGGGAUUGUAUGCUGGCUGGUUGGGGAGAGUUGUCAAGCUCCACGAGGAACUAAAAUCACUGGGGAUGAUUAAUGCAAAAUCCCAAGGCUGGUUAUGGAGCUACCCUUUGAGGCUUGGGAUUCCUGGAGGAAAGGGGAAAUGACUGGUUUUACCUGGUUUUAGGAGGC